UGAGUGUUUAUUUCAAGGUUGUGGUCUUUACACGUGCUGCUAUGCGAUGCAUGCAUAGAUAAUUGUGUUUCCCUAACUUGCAGGUGGACUAAACAGUUUACGGAGAACAUUAACGAAGCAUCAAAUGGGAUUAUUUAUUACAGAAGUCUUUUUCCAGCAUUAAGGAUUAUUCUGUCGGUUAUUUGUCUUCAAUUCUUCCAGAUGUCGUGCCUUCACGUUCCAUGCAUAUAGGAUCUUCUUUUCCUGCAUCAACACUUGAACCUAUUCAUCAAGGUCAAGAACUGCAAGUCGGUUCAAUGACCACUUGUACAGAUGAAUCGAAAUUCACUGUACAAAAUUGUCCUUCUUCCUCAUCUAAUCAUCAUACAACUAUUACACAAUUGAAAAUUGAAAUCUGUUGUCCUUGUCGUUUAAACAAUGCCAAUGUAAUACAACAAAACGAUUGUUCACAGGAUACAGAAUUAACAUGUAAUGAGAAAACAGCAUUAAUACCAAAUACAACAGAAACAACAACUACAAAGCAUACUAAUUCUCCAAACCAUCCUUUCCAUAUUCAUGGACAAGGAGGAGGAGGAGAUAAUCAUACAAAUAAUCGUGAUUCAGUUACAUCCAGAUCUAGUUGGGCUCGAAGUAUAUUUGAACGUUUACGUGCUUCAUCAUUGACAUCGUCAUUUACUACUACUAAUGAAUCGAAAACAAAUCAUUUUACAAAUAAUAAUUCUAUCGGUCAUAAUGAUCAUAUAUUUCGAUUUAAAGAACAUAAUGUUCAUCAUUAUAAUCAUAAUGUAAAUAUAUCAUCGGAUGUAAUUGAUCCACGUCGUUUACCAAAAAUUCAUGGUCCUGUAAGUCAUUGUUUGGAAUUUGCUAAAAAACCUUUACAAAAAUCCAAUCAUCAUUUCUAUUCCAAAUCAAUUCCAGUCUCUUCAACACAUACGGAUUUAUUGUCUUCUAGUCUUCUAUCGAAUUCUUUACAAUCUUCUAACAUGAAUAAUCAUAAUAAUAAUCACAAUAAUCAUAAUAAUAAACACCGGAAACGUAUUCGAUGGUUUAGUCAUUCAACUUCAUGUGACAUGGGACCCGGUGAUCCAAUUCUAGUAACCGGUCAUAUUGAUUCAAUCAGUUGGCUAUUAUUGUAUUGUAAUGUAUAUUUGGGUAUGAUUUUCGGUGCGCAACAACUUUAUGCUUUGAAAAUUAAACACUUAUUAUCGAUGCGUGUAUAUUAUCAUAUUUUUUACAAGUCUAAAGAAGAACUGUCCCCUUCAUCCUUUGGUCAUUUCGAUGAAAACCAUGUUUAUACUACAUUAUUUCGGCAUAGUACAUGUUACGAUGUUCUACCAGGUAGUGGAAAGCUGGUUAUUUUAGAUUCCCGCCUACCUACAUUACGUGCAAUAUGUGCUCUAUUGGAUAAUGGAGUUAUGGCUGCACCAGUUUGGUGUGAUCAAACACAAUCAUAUAUGGGUGUAUUUUCACAAGAAUUAGCUUUAGAUAUGCUAGGCUAUUUACAUUAUACAGAAGUGAUAAAAACUGGUCAUUUCGAGAGUAUUAGUCAAACAUUGCCAUCGUCGUCGUUGUCGACGUCGUCGUCUCCAAGUGCUACAGACACACCGGACACAAUGAAUUCUUCUGCAUCGUCCACUCUAUUUUUUACUACAUUCAAUGCAAAUCUUUAUGGUUGGGGAACAAAACAAUUAGGAGAGGUGUUUAAUCUCAUGUAUAAUCGUCAACUUUGUUCCGAUCUAUUUGUAUAUCCACAUUAUUGUUUACAAAAAGCACUCUAUCGAUUAUUUCAUCAUCACAAUCAUCACAAUCAUCCUCAUCAUCCUCGUCCAUAUCAUCAAAAUCAUUAUCAUCCUCUUAAUUCGGAUAAUUUUUCUCAUCAUGACGCAUUAUUUAAAUUCAAAUAUUUCAAUCUUGCUAAUCAUCGUGCUUCAUAUCCGAAUAAUUCAAUAAAAAUGCCUAUUUACCAUCAUCAUCAUAAUAGUAAUAAUAGUAAUAAUAAAUUCACUCAACAAACAUCCACUGUACAUCCAAGUCCAUCCAAUCAUUCAUCAUCACGAGUAAGUUUCACUGAAACUAAUCCUGCUACUGCUGAUGAUGAUGAUGACGAUGAUGGUGAUGGUGAUGAUUCAAUGGACCCCCGACCAUCUUCACCACCACCACAUGAUUCACAGUCAUCUAAUAAUCAAACAGCUAAUUCUAACAAUAAAUCCGAUAAUUCAAUGUCGGGUAUUGUUAUAUCGGAUAUUGAAAGAGUAUCAUGUAAAUGUUGUCCUCUUUCUAAUCCAACUUCACUGUAUGCAUCUUUAGUAUCUUAUCUCAUUGUCAUUGAUGAUCAUAGUGGUAAUGCACUUGGUUUAUUAUGCGCUGAUCGUUUAUUGGCAUAUUUACGUUUACGUGUAGAUGAAUUGCCAAAUACCGGUCGAAUGAAUAUUCCAAUUGGUUCAGUUCAAGGUCUUCGUUGGACUGAACGAUAUCUAUCAAAGAAACCGAACGAUACGAAAAUCAGCGCAACCAAUAAUUUACCAUCAAAACACAUGAUACCAGAAUGUUUGCGUUUACAAUUUAAAGAGAUACCAAUUUUACAACCAAACGAUUUAGUUCGUGAUGCUUUACAUAUACUAACUAACUGGUUACCACAAUUACCAUGUCUUCCUGUUAUCCACUUUCUGGAUGAUAAUCCACCUCAAACGAUUGAUCAUAUUAGUUUUAUUUCACCUGGUGAUCUUUUGAAUUUCAUUAUCUAUUCGCCUUCGAAUACUGCAUUGAAUGAACCGAUAAGUAAAAUUAUUGAAAAUAAAGCUGUACACUGUCCUUAUCAACAACAAUGUAUUUGUUUUGUCACUGAAACUGUUGCUGUUGUAUUAGAUCGUAUGUUUCGGCUUAAAGCACCUUGUUUGUUAAUGUUUGAUACACCGAAAAAUUGUGCUUCAAACACAGCAGCCAGUAAACCAUUCGGUAAACCUAUUGGUUUAGUCACAGCCAAAGAUAUAUUACAUACAGUGAUUUUAGGUCAUCGUCAUCGCUUGCCUUCUUUACAUCCACAUAUUGAUGAAUCAGAGACUAUCAAUCAAAAUACAACUAGCGAUGAUCAAAUUUCAUAUAGAAAUAAAAUACGUGACAAUUAUAAACGAACUGUUUCAUUUGAAUCCGGUGUUCUAUCAUCUAGUCAUGAUGAUUCAGAAAGUACACAUGAUGAUGUGAUAAUGGAAAAUUCUGAAGAGAAAUUCUCUCGAUCUCCUUCAAUAUGUUCACUUUCUUCAAGUGGAACAUUUUCUGUACCUGGUUCUAAUGAAGAACUUAUACAUUCCUUAUCUAAUGAACAUUUCACAUCAACAUGUACUACUGAUACUGUAACACAACGUGAUCAUUGUAAUUGUUCAUGUCAUCAUCAAACAUCGACCAGUUUUGAUAUUCGCCAACAACAACAUCAGCACUAUUCUAAUAAAAUUCAAAACUCUAUGAAUGUAUCAGUUGGUUCGCUUGAUAAAAAUCACAAUCGAACACUGCCUAGUCCAGGCGGAGAAUGGUGUGCUGAUCGACGAUCUUCUGUACCGUAUACACGUCAUGAUAAGAAGAAAGGAAUUAUGCAUAUUUUAGAGAAUAAAAUAAAAUCCACUAUAGUAGUUGAUUCAAACAGAAUACCACAAUUAACCACUCCUAAUCCUUACAUACAACACAGUAAUGAUUCCAACAAUUCACUACAAGUCAUUGAUAAUAGUUUGGAUAAAAUCAAUGAAUUGACCAUUGACGUAUCGGACAAUAGAAAAAAUAAGCAGAAAUUGGAACAAGUGGCGGUCACACGAGAAGAUGAUGAUACUGUCUUUCCGAUGGAUUGAAAUUUAAAAAAAAAAUUGUUGAGCUGUUGUUGUUAUGCAUAGCUACAAUUGGAAUAUCAAUCAUAUUUCAACUGAUUUUUUUGUGUAUUCUAUGUUCAAUAAUCACAGCCAUAUCUUGCAUAUUCAAUCAAAUCAAUAUGCGCAAAAAAUAUAUAUAUAUAUAUAUAUAGAUAUAUUUGUUUACAACGUUGGUUUUGAGAAAUCUUCUAUCAAGUUACUACAUUCUUCCAUAGUUUUUAUCAUGUAUAUGGAUGGGAGGAGGAACGAGAAUAUACAAUAUCCCCCUGUUGAAUGAUAUAUAUAUAUAUAUAUAUAUAU